AUGGCACCGACUGCCAAGGAAGUUUAUAUUGCAGUUAUUGGCGCCGGAGGUGUCGGGGCGUGCUUUCUAAAGCAACUCGCUUACUUGGCUAAGAGCCGACCGUCUCCCCGUAUCCGACUUUGCUAUUUCGCUAUUAUUGAUAGAGCUCUUUAUCAUGACGACUACUCCGAUAUUGAUAUUGAUAAUGCACUUCCGCUACUUGAGUCUAAUGGUUUUGACCCACCGCAGAUUCCUAAUGUCAUCAAGUAUCUAUCAACAGCCCCUGGAAGAGUCAUUGUUGUUGACAAUACCGCUUCUGGGCUGAUGGCAGCAUCAUACCCAGAGUUCUUGAAAAAUGGGAUCAGCAUCAUUACCCCGAAUAAAAAGGCUUUCUCGGGAAGCUACCAGCUAUGGCAAGAUAUCUUCACCUCGGCCAGCGCUGGAGGUUCAUUCGUUUACCAUGAGUCUUCCGUCGGAGCCGGGAUGCCCAUCAUCUCAACUCUCAAUGAGCUUGUAGAGACUGGCGACCAGGUCACUCUGAUCGAAGGCCUAUUCUCAGGCACAAUGUCUUUCCUGCUCAACAAAUUCUCGCCACUGGAGGGACAAGGAGGCAAAUGGUCCGUUGAGGUGAAGAAGGCGAGGGAAUUGGGAUACACCGAGCCAGAUCCACGAGAUGAUCUCAACGGUCUGGAUGUUGCUAGAAAGAUUACCAUCCUGGCUAGACUGGCUGGACUUCCCAUCGAGUCACCCUCGGCAAUUCCAGUCCAGAGUCUCAUCCCUAAGGAGCUUCAGACAGCCACUUCUAGUGAAGAAUUUCUCCAGAAGCUUCCUGAUUUCGAUCACAUCCUCGAAAAGGAAAGAGAGGAGGCAAGAAAAGCCAACAAGGUUGUUCGUUUUGUCGGCAAGGUAGACAUCAUGUCCGGCGAGGCCAAGGUUGGCCUUGAGUGGUUCGAGAAGUCUCACCCCAUUGCCAAUCUCCAAGGCAGCGAUAACAUCAUUAACUUUUAUACUAAACGCUACGGUGAUCUUCCACUCACAAUCCGCGGAGCCGGUGCUGGUGGAGACGUUACUGCCAUGGGGGUCACUGGAGAUUUACUCAAGAUUUUGAGACAGGUUUAG